AUGCCUGCGAUGGAGUUACCACCCAUGAAAGUAGGAGGCCGCAUCGAAAGACAAGGACGGUUGCACCAGCUGCAAGAAGCGCCGAAUCAAGGUACAGCCAUCCUCCGAUGUGAAUAUCUGUCUGGCCCCGAGAAUGCCUUGCACAGGACGAAUUCCAACCUCCAGAGCAAUUCUUCCGACGCUGUCCCUCCAUUCCUCGAGCUCCGCCAACGAGCUUUCCGAGCUUCCCAUGGGAGAACUGAAGCUCCUCCACAUCACUUUACGACAUUGCGGUCGUUAACGCUAGCAAUACCCCAUCUCUCUCCAGAGAACUGCCAUGCAUUAUACGUUUGCUCCAAGCUCAUCUAUAUUUUCGUCUAUUUCAUCCGCGUCCUCCCUCAACCCCUCCCAGCGCCUGAUGACGAGGUCACAUCGUGGUUGGCCCUCCUGCGUGGUAUCAAAACAAUCGCCCAUCUAUGGGGUAAGGCAUUGAAAUCUGGAAUCCUAGGCCUGAUGCUUGUUCCCACCUGUCGCACUUCCCUGGAUAGGGUGAUCCAGGACUCUUUGGGAGCCCUUGCCGCCCACAUCUGGAGCUCUCAAGCCGACAACGAAGCCUACUGCACACAUACCUUGCUGUGA